AUGGAUCCUGAUUCGGAUUAUCCUCCUUCGGAUUUAUCCUCUUCAUCAUCCGAAGACAAUAAAAACAACGCUCCAACCAUGGAUUCACGUCCCACAGCAAAGGAGUUGCUUGAUCGCGUCGACUAUGAUAUCUCGCAGCUGCUGCAGCGGUUCGAGAACAUCGUCGCCAUUGCUGCCAACAAGUUCGACGGCACCAGUCAUGUUGAUGCUGCUGUUGAGGCAUUCCAAAUUGAUGUUGAAUCCACUGCCCUGAUCCGUGCCGCAGAAGACCUGCUCGCCUUGCACCGCCUCAUGAAGGAGCUUUGGCUCUUCGGCAAGCUCGAUACCCUCGGCGAGGACGAGCGCGAUGUCCAGCGUCGCGAGAAGCUCGAAGAAGAUGUGAAGGCCAUCCAGGAGGCCCUUGCCGGAGGACUGUUGACGCCCUCGUUCGAUGAGGCCGAGAACCCUCAGAAGUCAGAGGACACUGAGAAGGAGGUCCCUGAGAAGUUGAGGGGCCCUGAGCAGUCCGAGAAGCUUGAUGAAUCCGAAAAGUAA